AUGAUAUAUUCGCAUCCAAGACGGCUGGAGUUUCCAAAUGUGGAUCUCCUUACAUUUCUGUUUGAUUACGAAGGGUGCCAAGCUAAAGAAGAUUCUCCUGUCUUUGCGGAAGCUAAAUAUCCUUCCAAAGUCAUUACCAAAGCCAGAGCUCGCGAUCUAACUCGUCAAAUUGCUUACUUCCUUCGCCACCAAUAUGGUAUUGGUGAGGGCGGUCCUGAAAAGGACAUAGUUGUCACAAUAUCUACGGGACAGUCUGCGCUGGGUUGCAUCUUUUACGCCGUCCUUGCUGCUGAUGGUAUCUACUCAGCCGCAUCGCCAUCUUCUACAGCGUCGGACUUGACAAGGCAGAUUCAAGAUGGACCCAGUAGCGUUGUUAUAUGCAGCGAAGAUCUAAAAGAUGUCGCUUUGAGAGCCGCCCACAAUUCUGGAAUCCCUUCUAAGAAUGUUCUAUUGCUCAGUUCGUACCCAGAGAUCCAGCUGAAGAGCGUAGAUGGAACGGUCGAGUGUGAUUUUAAGGGUUCUCUGGAUUGGAGGCGUAUUACUGAUCCAAGAGAGCUAGAAUACAGCAAGGCGUGUAUUCUGUACUCAUCAGGGACCACUGGAUUACCAAAAGGCGUUCUCAUAUCUCAUCAAAAUAUGGUUUCCGAGUGUUAUAUUCCUGCUACUUUGAACCUUGAAGCUUGGACAAGAUUAGGCCACGCUUUCCACAGGUCCACUAUCGGUCACUUGCCUGCAGCACACAUUGCCGGCAUAAUCAGCUACUUCAUAAAUUGCUUUUAUGAUGGAGGUAUCGUUUACUGGAUGCCAAGGUUCAAUAUUGAUGAUUUUAUUAGGUACACUGCAGAACUCAAAGUGACCUAUUUCUUCACUGUGCCACCUGUAUACAUGGCUAUCGCAAAGAAUCCAGCCGUAACAGACCAAUUCAAGAGCGUUGAAUAUAGUGUUUCUGGAGCUGCUCCUAUGAGCUACGAUCUACAACAAUCGGCCACCAAUAAACUAAAAGGCGAAAUACAUCAAGUUUGGGGGAUGAGCGAAACAGCUGGUGCUGUAACUUAUACUCCACCGGAUCGUCAUGAUACAAUGGGAACUUUGAGUCCAUUGAUGCCGAACGUUGAGCUAAGGCUCGUAGAUGAAAACGACAAUGACGUUGAGAUUGGACAACCAGGCGAGGCGCUGUUAAAAGGCCCAAUGAUCACCAAGGGCUAUCAUAAUAACCCCGAAGCUACCAAGUCAUCUUUCACCGCUGAUGGAUAUCUACGAACUGGUGAUAUCCUUAAAGUGGAAGGGGAUUUGCUCUAUAUAAUAGACAGGAAAAAGGAGCUUAUCAAAUAUAAGGGGUUGCAAGUUGCGCCAGCCGAGCUAGAGGGUAUUCUUAUCGCUCACCCAUCCGUCUUCGAUGCUGGCGUGAUUGCAACGCAGCGAGAGGAUACAGAAGUACCAAUGGCAUAUGUGGUCCUUGUGCCUGGAGCAAAAGGGAAAAUAUCGGAAACCGAUCUGGCCAAGUAUGUCGAGAGCAAGGUUGCAAAUCAUAAGCGCUUGAGAGGCGGCGUUACCUUCAUUGAUGUUAUACCUAGGAAUCCAACAGGCAAGAUCUUGAGAAGAGAGCUAAGAGCAUUACACAGUCGUCGAUUGAAGCUCUAA